AUCAGUUUCAUACAGUGAUCUAGCACCGACAGAUCACCGGAAUAAUGCUGCGUUCAGGUGUUUUAAUUCUAUUGCUGGGGGCAGUGAUUGCCUUGAGUCAAGGCAUAGCCUAUGAUGGCUACAAAGUCUUCGAGGUCAUACCGCGUACCCAGGAGCAAGCCGAUUUCCUUUUUGAGCUUUCCAAAAAUGAGGAUUUCUAUGAUUUCUUUGCCUUGAAGAAAAUCCCCAACCAUGUGGCCCGCGUCAUGGUUAUGCCCAAUGAGGAGGAGAAUUUCCUGAAUGCCUUGGCCCGCAUGGAUUUACCUCAUCGUGUGGUCAAUGAGAAUGUUGGUCGCACCAUUGAACAGGAAUUCCAAAUGAGAAAGAUGAUGCGCCAAAUGAUGCCUUUCAAUGGCCAAGGUCGUUUGACUACCGAUCGCUAUUACAGUCAUGAGGAAAUCAAUGCCUACAUUGAUGAUUUAGCCUCACGUUAUCCCACUCGCGUUUUUGUCAAGAAGGUGGGUCGCUCCUUUGAGGGCCGUGACAUCAAGACCAUAACCAUUACCAAUGGUGAUGGACGCCUGGGAAAAAAUAUUAUCUUCAUGGAUGGUGGUUUCCAUGCCCGUGAAUGGAUCUCCCCGGCUGCCAAUUUGUAUACCAUCGACCAAUUGGUGGAGAAUUUUGCUGAGAAUGCCGAUUUGUUGCUGGACUAUGAUUGGGUCAUCUUGCCUGUGGUCAAUCCUGAUGGCUAUGAGCACACCCAGACCAGCAGUUUGGCACGUAUUUGGCGUAAAACUCGUCAACCCUACAAGUAUAUGGGCCAAACCUGUUAUGGUGCCGAUCCCAAUCGCAACUUUGACUUCCAUUGGAAUGAAGAGGGUGCUUCGAGCAACCCCUGCUCUGAUACCUUUGCUGGACCCAAGGCCUUCUCUGAGCCUGAAACUAUGAUUGUGCGUGACCUAAUGCAUUCGUUGAGGGGGCGUGGUGUCAUGUAUUUGACCAUACACUCCUAUGGCAAUUAUCUUUUGUAUCCAUGGGGUUGGACCUCCGACUUACCUGAUACCUGGGAGGAUUUGGAUGAAGUUGCCCGUGCUGGUGGUGAUGCCAUUUUCGAAGCCACCGGCACCGUCUACAGUGUGGGCUCCUCCACCAAUGUCUUGUAUAUAGCCGCCGGUGCCAGUGAUGAUUAUGCCUUCUAUGCCGGUUUCCCCAUUUCCAUAACCAUGGAACUGCCCGGUGGUGGUCUCACCGGUUUCGAUCCUCCAGCCUCGAAAAUCGAUGAUUUCGUCACUGAGACCUGGAUUGGUAUUCGUGCCAUGGCCAAGAAGGUGGUUGAGAAAUAUCCUACAGAAAGGGUGGAAUUCUUAUUAAUGGGUUCAUUUCAAGUGGCAGUAGCCCUUAUUGGCUGUGUUGCAUAUCUAAUCGCUGCGGAGCCAAGUAACUAUGAGGGUCAUCAACUUUUUCUACUAUCAACGACAGAGGAAAAUCAACUUGAAUUGCUAAAUAAGUUGGCAUCGCAGGAAGAUGCCUAUGAUUUCCUAAACUCUGAAAGGGUCAUAGUACAUCCCAAGCAUAUUGAUGACUUUGCCAGAAUUAUGCAGCAAAAUGAUAUAGGCUUCAAGAUAAUCGAUGAAAAUGUGGGCACAACCAUAAGACGAAAUUUUGAAAAGAAUCAAGCCAUGCAAAGACUAUUUCCCUACAAAGGCCAAGGACGUUUGGGUACCAAUCAGUAUUACAGUCAUGCAGUCAUCAAUGUUUACUUGGAAUCCUUGGCCCAAAAAUACGCUCAUAGAGUGUUCCUUAAAAAGGUGGGACAUUCAUUUGAGGAACGUGAACUAAAAGCUUUGAUCAUAACCAAUGGAGAUGGUAGAAACAAUAAAAAUGUCAAUUUAGUUGAUGGUGGUUUUCAUGCUCGUGAAUGGAUUUCUCCCGCCACUGCACUCUAUGUCAUCGAUCAAUUGGUGGAGAAUUUUGAAGAAAAUCGUGAUUUGCUGCUGGAUUUCGAUUGGGUUAUUUUGCCGGUGGUUAAUGCCGAUGGUUAUGAGUACAGUCAGCAGUCUCCAGAUACACGCAUGUGGCGCAAAACACGCAAACCUUUGUUUCAUGAAGGUGGCAUUUGCUAUGGGACGGAUCCUAAUCGCAACUUUGAUUUUCACUGGAUGGAAGAGGGCGCCUCAGGGGAUCCCUGUUCUUCAACAUUUGCCGGGCCUAGGCCCUUCUCCGAGCCCGAGGCCAUGGUGGUAAGGGAUCUGAUCCUAACCUAUGGCCCGAGAAAAGGUCAAAUGUAUUUGACUUUACACUCAACGGGUAAAUUAAUACUUUACCCUUGGGGCUGGACUUCUGAUUUGCCUGACACUUGGCCUGAUCUCCACGAAGUGGCUGAGGCUGGUGCAGAGGCCAUUUAUGCAGCUAGUGGCACCAACUACACCGUGGGCUCUUCCACCAAUGUUCUGUAUGUGGCUGCUGGCGCCAGUGAUGAUUAUGCCUUUAAUGCUGGCUUUCCCAUAUCAUUUACCAUGGAGUUACCAGCGGGUGGAUCAACAGGAUUUGAUCCACCUGUUGAAAUGAUUGAUGGCAUAGUUAAGGAAACUUGGGCUGGUAUUAGAGCCAUGGCUUUGAAAGUUAUGGAGAAGUAUCCUUUGGUUGAUUGAAACGCAAAGC